AUGGCCCAGUUAUUGGCUGACUCGGCAUCAUCGCUGCUUGACCUCCCGGUGGAGAUCACGCGGCGGAUCAUGAAGCUAUGUCCGAGAGAGCUCAAAGGCACAUGUAAGUCUUUCUACGUGAUGUACAACGAGAUGUAUUACCAUAGAAUGGUAGAAGAAAUGGGUUCGGGAGUCAUUUACACAAUAGGAGUGCAUGCCCUUCCUCAUAUAGUCAAAUAUGUUCGUUCCUUCGACUACUGGCGUGGUACUCUAAGGAAGAUGAUUGCAGACUACUGUCGGUUGCCUGAAUAUGACGAAUCCGAAUCACGGAACAAAACACCCAUCGACUCCAUCAAUUGCACUUACAUUGCGGACUCCUGGUCUCUGGUGUACAGUCUGUUCAAAAACAGGAGGCUGUUUGUCGAAUACACGGACUACCAGGUGGACGAGCCAAUGAACUACAUCUACAGGCACAUUCUCCAGAUCAACAAGACUUAUUUGUUGCACUACAAAAAAACGAUAAAGAUUUCGGCUGAUGUGUACAAUUUGUCGUGUGGAAUCAUUAUUCAGAAUGCCUUGGGGUUGGGAACGAUAAAAUUUCAGGUGGUGGACCAUCGCACUGGCGAGCCUCUGUUAACCUAUUACCCUCCCACCAAUAUCAACGAGAUGCUUCCACGGAAUAAGUUUUCGCUUCUGGAUCUGGGAAACUUUGAAGUGAAUGCAGAUACAUACGUUUCUAGUGACGAGUCGUUGGUUCAGGACCGGUUAGUGGAGGUAGAUAUCAUCAUGGAAGAGACUGGACUCUACAUCAAGUCUGGGUUCAGCAUGUGUUUUAUAGAUGUGAAUGCAUAUCCUCGAAAAUCUGGGUCUGAUCUCAGUGUUUCCAAGGUUAAAAAGGAGAAAUGGCUGUUUUGGACCAUUGACAACCAGGAGCCAACCCCAGACAAGGUGAUCAACCUUCUGCUGCGCAACUGCUAUAAGGCCAUCAAUAAUGGGCUGACUCGUGCGCUGCCGCGCUCAGCUUCCAACUACAACUUUAAGCGGAUUGGGAGUUAUGCAGAGAGCAUGUUUAACCAGGGUGUUGCCAGACUGUCACACCUGGAGACGACCAAGGAAGAGGACGAGCAUGUGAAUGGGGAUGCAAAUGGCUCUAAUGAUAACUCAAAUGAUGAUGCCAUUUCGAUGCACUCCGAAAUAAUGGCAGAAUUUGACGAAGUCGAGAACCCGGAUGGCUACAACAAAAGUUUCUACUCGCGAUUCAAUGAUGCCGGUGAAUUGAUCACCAAGACAGUUAAAUUUGACACAGUGGUGGACCUUCGUGAGUACGAGGUAGAUGUCUCGCUUGCCAGGAAGCGAGCCCAAGAGCGAUUGGCUCAAUAUACGCCAGAAGAUGCCCAAGAAAUAAGACGGUAUAUCGAAGAAUCGCCGCUCAAGUGGAAACUUCCCACGCUGUUUGAAUUUUAG